AUGUCGGAUAAAGAAGACACGCCGGAAAAGGACGUGCAGGGACCGUCCUCUUCGUUAUCAGCUGCAAUGAGCAACGCCGAAAGGAUGAAGAUGAUGAAUGAAAAGAUUCGACAACUUUCACAAAAGAGAAAUGAAACCCGAAAGGCCAACAAAGCCGAUGUCGUCGAAGAAGAUCGCAAGAUAAAAAAUCCGAAACACGUUCAACAAGAAGUGCGCCGCGAAUGGGAUUUAAAUGAACUUGAAGAGAAAAAGAAAGCAGAAGAGUUGGGAGUGGACUUCGAGAGAGCCAAAGCAAUGAGCACGAGUGCAGAUGCUGUCUGGAAACGGGAUGCUGCCAAAAAGCGAAAGAAGAAUCCGAAUCAAGAUGCACUUGUUACUGGAGAUUAUGAAACCAUGUCACUUCGCCAAAAUGAUCGCCUCACCAGGGAGAUAAAGCCAAACUUCGAAGAAUAUAAACGGAUGCGUGAAGUUAUUGGCGAAGAACAAUUUUACCCUUCGGUCAACACAAUCACUGACGGAGCAUACUACCCAACCCCGGCUGCGCUUGAUCGCCUUUCAAACACUGUUCAUGAAAUGGUCAAAACUCGCGAGAAAGUGCAUCGUAGAAGAAUGUUUGAUCCAGAUUCGGAGGUUACUUACAUCAACGAGAAGAACAGGGUUUUCAACAAGAAGCUCGACACCUACUAUGGCAAGUAUACGGAAGAUCUACGCGAGGACUUGGAACGUGGAACCGCCCUU